CCUCCUUGCCCAGCCUCCAGCAGAGCCACCAUGCAGGCAGACUCUGUCCUCCACAGCGGGUACUUCCACCCGGUGCUGCGCUCCUGGCAGUGCUCAGCUACCACCUUUGACGCCUCCAACCUCAUCUACCCCAUCUUUGUGACUGACAGCCCUGAUGCCGUGGAGCCCAUCCCCAGCCUCCCUGGACAAGCCAGGUAUGGAGUGAACAAGCUCGAGGGGAUGCUGCAGCCCCUCGUCGAAGACGGCCUGAAGUGUGUGCUCAUCUUCGGGGUGCCCAGCAAGGUCCACAAGGAUGAGAGAGGCUCUGCUGCUGAUGCCGAGGGCACUCCUGCCAUCCAGGCCAUCAGGAGGAUCCGCUCCACCUUCCCAGAGCUGCUCAUUGCCUGUGAUGUUUGCUUGUGCCCUUACACCUCGCACGGGCACUGCGGUGCGCUGUCCUUCCCUGCAUCCCUGUCCUCCCCUGCAUCCCUGUCCUCCCCUGCAUCCCUGUCCUUCCCUGCAGGCUGCCACAUCGUGGCCCCCUCGGACAUGAUGGACGGGCGCAUCGGGGCCAUAAAGCAGGCGCUGAUCUCCAACGACCUGGGCAACAAGGUCUCGGUGAUGAGCUACAGUGCCAAGUUUGCUUCCUGCUUCUAUGGACCUUUCAGGGACGCCGCGCUCUCCAAACCCGCCUUCGGUGACCGGAGGUGUUACCAGCUGCCCCCCGGCGCCCGGGGCCUGGCCGAGCGCGCUGUGGACCGGGACGUGCGGGAGGGAGCGGACAUGCUGAUGGUGAAGCCGGGGAUGCCCUACCUGGACCUCGUGCGGGAUGUCAAGGCCCGGCACCCCACGCACCCGCUGGCCGUGUACCACGUCUCGGGGGAGUUCGCUAUGCUGUGGCACGGGGCGCAGGCGGGAGCCUUCGUGCUGGAGGCGGCGGUGCGGGAGGCGAUGACGGCCUUCAGGCGGGCAGGUGCCGACAUCAUCAUCACCUACUUCGCGCCGCAGCUGCUGCGCUGGCUGCGGGAGGAGGCGGCGGGACGGGCCUGAACUCGGGGCUGGGGCGGAGAGGGAGGAGCGCCGGGAUGGGGCGGGAAUUCCGGGCUGGGCGGGAUUUCCGGGGGCGGUGCAGGUGGGCCCCGGCACCGCGAGUACUCCCGGCCCUCGGAGCCCGGUGAGCCUCGGACCCGCCCCGCACCCCCCG